CCAGCACAAAGGGACGCCUCCCCAACUUCCCUCCCUGGGGCACCCACUCCCUCUCAAGCCUUGGGUGGGGGAGAAGUGGGACACGGGAUUGAGGAAAGGGGACCGCCCUCCCUUUCCCCAACAGCCCAGUGAAUGGCCCUCUCCUGGGUCCUCAGAGCCUUAUUGAAAGAACUGGAAAAUCCAGUUGCCCAGCCCCCCUCCCAUCGCCCCACGCGCACCAUUGCUGGGACUGAGUAGGGAGCAGGAAGGCAGGCCCAGUGAGGAGAGGCCAGCAGGCCUGCAGACAUCUCUUCCACCAUCUGAGAAGCGAGGGGAUAGAGCCGUGAUGGGGACUGGGCUGCCCCUCGUCCUCCUCCUGACCCUCGUCGGCAGCUCACAGGGGGCAGGUGAGUCUGGAGCGCUACACACCUGGUUCCCCAAGACAAGAAGAGGCCGAGGAGGGCCGGGAAUGACUUUGCAACUGAAGUUGAAGAACUCCCUUCUGGCAAAUUCCUCCUACAAUUCCAGCUUCCUGGACUUUCUCCAGAAGUUCUGCCUCCUCCUCCACCUCCCCCUGGGGACCAACGUCACCCUGCAUCAAGCAGGGUCCUCACAGCACGUCACCUGCAGAGUCUGAGAGCAGUCGAAGCCUGUGCCCUUCUCAGCUGGGGCAUCCGGUCCCCGGGGAGCAGGCACCACGCCCCGACCCUGCCUUCUAGCAGGCCCUCACCCUGUUAAGUGGCAGUAAAUAUGCUG